UGGAAGGAGGCGGUUGGUGUUGACUGGAAGGCCACCGGGACCAGGAGUCUCGCGCUAAGACCGGCUGACCAUGGCGGCUCCAGGGUACCCUGUUCCUCAGCCUGUUUAUCCUGCCGCGUCUCCCCCUUACCCCGUGGCCCCGCCGCAUCCUGCCGCCGCCGCCCCCAGCCCAGGCUUCAACGUCUACCCGGCCCCUGUGGCAGGGCCUGGAGUCCCCCCGCAGCCUCCCCCGCGUGGGUAUCGGGAGCAUGCCGCCACGCCUCAGCACCACCAGCACCAAGUGCCGGACCCCCACGUCGCCAUCGCCCCUUACAUGCCCGUCAGCACCGGCAUCCCUCCCGGCUUGGAGUAUCUCGCACAGAUCGAUCAAAUUUUGAUACACCAGAAGGUGGAGCUUGUGGAAGCGUUCAUCGGCUUUGAGGGCAACAACAAGUACGAGGUCCUCAACAACCUGGGCCAGCAGAUCUUCCACGCGGAGGAGGAGAACGACUGCUGCACGCGCAACUGCUGCGGCUCCCUCCGCCGCUUCUCCAUCCGGGUGGAGGACCCCGCAGGCCGCGAGAUCCUGCGCGUCGUGCGCCCCCUGAAGUGCGCCAGUUGCUGGUUCCCGUGCUGCCUUCAGGAGAUGGAAGUGCAGUGUCCUCCCGGAAACACGAUCGGGUACGUGGUCCAGACGUGGCACCCCUUCACACCCAAGUUCUCCAUCCAGAACGCCGAGAGAGAGACGGUUUUGCGGGUGCUGGGCCCCUGUUUUGUCUUCCGCUGCGGUGGCGACGUCAACUUUGAGGUGAAGACCAGGGACGAGUCGCGUGGGGUGGGCCGGAUCAGCAAGCAGUGGAGCGGCCUCGUCAAGGAGAUCUUCACCGACACAGACAACUUUGGGAUCCAGUUCCCCAUGGACCUGGACGUGAAGAUCAAGGCCGUGCUGCUGGGGGCCUGCUUCCUCAUUGAUUUCAUCUUCUUCGAAAAGACCGGUGAAGUCGGGCAGCGGAGUUCCGUGGUCACAAGCUAGGAGGUGGCAGGAUGCAGCUCUCUCCCCCUCUCCGACCCCGAUGAGGCGCAUUCCUGUUCUUAACAGAGGGGACUGUGUGAGCACGGUGGCGCCUAUUCAUGCGGGGGAGUGACAGGAGGCUGUCCUGGCCUCGUGUGUUUGUGCAGAUAAUUCUGUGUGUAUGUGUGUGAGUGUCUGUGCGUGUGUCUCUCCCGCUGGGUCUUCUGUGGGUGGAUUUGAAGGGGCACGACGCAGUGAGAGGCCUACUUGAACACCUGCCUGGUGGCCACUCAGUAGCUGCUCGGCUUGGGAUCGUUGCCACGUUUGAGGAAGCAAGGGAGCAGGCAGGGAAAGGUUCUGGGGGUGGCGCCGCUCGGCCCGCUGCGGGGCUGGGCUUGGACCUUGAGCGGGAUCAGCUCACAAGUCAGAUACGCAGCCCAGAUCUCGAAGUGCCCCAUAAAGAUUUCUUGGAAUCCGAUGGGGGGUAAUGCCGAAUGUGCCGGAGGGUGGCCGAACGACAAGCUGAAGGAGAGAGCAUCCCGUUGACCUGUGGCCGGCUUCACCCAAGCAGGGCGCCCAUUCUGCCGAGAGCAGAGGAGGCAGAACCGAUUGCGCCGCUUGAGACUCCGGAGGCGGACCCCAGCUUUAAAAAGCCCGUUGCACGCUGAGCUCCACGCAAGAGGAAAGCUAGCCCCGGGGGGAAAGCGGUUCGGCUGCCACUCUGGGCUGGUUUUCUACUUGCGGGGAGCUUUUCCACCGGGGGUGCUCUCCCAGCCUGUGAUCCCUUCUCCUGGAACAUGCAGUCCGUGCGCCUCGCUCCACGUCUCUCCUCUUUGGUGCUUCGGGGCUUGCAGAAGCUUAGCGGGGUUAUUGUGUGAGAGCUGGUGGAGCAACCGAGUGUGUGUGUGUGUAUUUGUGUGUGUGGUGGCGCCCUCAGCACUUGGGGGGCUCAUCUCGUCUUGGGGGUCUCGGAAAGGGCGGGGCCUUGUGGUUUCUCCUCCGUGCCGCCUUGCCUUAACCACUGAACCUGGGCACGGCUUCCUCUUCUGUAUACUUGAGGGAGCUGGGGGGGGGGUUUCAUGUCAGGUCUGGUGUGAGGCGGGGGACGUUCCGCAGCAGGGCGGGCUGCCCUCCCCCUCCCAGGCAACUAGAAGCUUGCAUAAUUAUCACGUUCUGUAUAUUUUAUAUAUUUAAGUCUUAUGCCUGUUCUUGGCGGACGGAGCCAGGGCUGGGGAGAGGGGGGUCUUUUAGAGUCCCCCCAGCAGGGGCAGAGUUGGAAUGUGUAACGGGAAGAUUUUAGGACUCUCUGGACAGACGUCUGCCUCGGCUGGAUGGAGACCCCCAUGCCGACGAAGCGGCUCGUGGGUGCCAAAGCGUGGCCAGCUCCGAGGUGGAGGACAGUUGGCGUGGAAGGGGCUGAUCCAGACUGCCGGAAGAGGAGCCACUUUGGUCAACCAGCGAAGGCCUCCCUGACCGGACAGUGCCGGUCAUUUGGCCAGCCAGUGGCGAGGGGGGGGGUUGUGGGAGAAGAAUAUCCCUCUUUGGACAAAGGGAUCUGUUCCUCUGAGGCAUACCAAAGAAUAAAUGU